AUGGAGUUCCUGGCGCUCAUCGCAGCCGGAAUGGUGGGGAGGUUCUGUUCGCAUCUGGGUGGUGGUGGUUUCGCCUGGAUUGACAGCCUAUGCAGGGGGGGCCAUAACACCAUUGCAUCAGAGCUGGGCCCGAUGCUGUCUACCAACGCACAUUUUUAUUUUCCAGGUUCGGAUGACUUCACCCAGGCUACCGCGCGCUGGUCAUCGCUGAAUGCACCCAGUGUCACCGUCGUUGUGGAUGUGGCAACUGAGAAUGAUGUGGUGGAAACUGUCAAAUACGCCAAUGCACACAAUGCCCCUUUUCUGACGUACAGCACGGGUCACGGUUCAAUAUCUAGUCUUAAGGCUGUUCAGGGUGGUAUAUUGAUCAGGUUGACUCGGUUGAACUCUGUGUCCAUUGCAGAUGAUGGCGACACGGCUACCUUUGGCGGUGGAGUUAGAUCCAAGCAAGUUACUGAUGCUCUCUGGGCUAAAGGAAAGCAGACAGUGACUGGAAUCUGUGAAUGUGUUUCUAUGCUGGGCCCAGGGCUAGGUGGUGGACAUGGGAUCUUGCAAGGACGACACGGUCUCAUUGCGGAUCAGUUUGUCUCACUCAAGAUGGUUCUUGCGGAUGGCAGCUUGGCCACAAUUCAUCAGAAAUCGGAUCUAUGGUGGGCCAUGAAGGGGGCGGGUCACAACUUCGGCAUCGUCACAUCGGUCACGUCGAAAAUCUACGAUAUUCAAAAGGAAGGCCAGUGGUCCUAUCAAUCGUUCAUUUUUGCGCAUGACAAAGUAGAGGGCGUUUAUCAAGCAAUUAACGAUAAUUUAUUGAAAGAUGGAACUCAGCCGGUAGAUCUAAUUCACUUCUCACUUUUCUUGAACAAACCGGAAGUUGACUCAGACCAUGCUGUCGUUUUAUUAUUUAUAUUCCGGGAGGGGGUGGAGGCCAUUGAAGCCAAGUAUGCAGACUCAUUCUCCCGAAUCGAUCCCAUCGUGACCACAAGCGGAAAAGGGACAUAUAAAGACAUCUCUAGAUGGGUUGGCAACACCAACAACUCACCAGCCUGCCAAAAGAUUGGGCUGGCCAAUACCUUUUUUUCACUGUAUUUGCAAAAGUAUAAUACAACAGCACAACGCGCAGCCUUUGACCUCUUCUCACGGGUUACCCGGGAGAAUCCGGCCUUUAAUAAGUCCGUAGCCCUCUUUCAAGGCUACACUGUCCAAGGAGUACAGGCAAUUCCAUCUGAAUCUACAGCGUUUCCUUACCGGGAUGCGAAUCUGCUAGUCUCCGUGAUCACCGGAUAUGAACCUGCUGGCGCCAAACGGGAUGCGGAGGCGCAUGCUUACGGCGAACGCAUGCGCCAGAUUUGGUUCGAAGGCAGUGGGCAGGAGAAAGUAGUAAAGGUGUACGUCAACUCCGCUUUUGGAGCAGAGGACCCGCAGAGCUGGUAUGGAUAUGAACCAUGGCGGCUGGAGAGGUUGCGGAAAUUGAAGGACAAAUAUGAUCCGGAUCGUCGUUUCAACUUUUAUGCGCCAUUCACGAAGGAUUAA